GCCUGCGCCAGGAGCUGACCACCGCUCUGGGCUUUCGCCCCGGGCUGGGAGGACGCCACGCCCUCCCUACUGACUGGCGGGAGGAUGCACCAAUCGAAGAAAAGAUGCGGGAGGGGGCGGGGCCGCACUGGGAGCCGGCGCCCGGCGCCCACCGAACUGCAGCCGCUAGUGUGCGGUGCCCGUCCUUGCCGUCCCCGCAUCGCGCAAGGGUCCCCAGCGGGCCGAGCCUCCUUGGCUAUGGUCUAGGUUUUUUAUUUUUAUUUUUUUGCAUGCAUUCAUUUUCUGUCCUGUCUCGUCCCUUCUAAGGCGGCGGCAGCGACGGCGACAGCAGCAUAGGCACGCGCGGGGAGGGGGCGGCCGGAGAAUGCGGUGCUCGGCUGCUGCCCGGCUCAGGUCCGAGCGUCAAGCAGAAUCGCAAGUGAUGGUGUGCACAGAGGACAAGCGGAGCCCUGCACGACUGGUUAGCACAGCAGAGCCGGUAGCUGUGCUUGCUGCUGGGUGGGCGUGAACCCCAGGACCCCAGUGUCACGCUCCAAGAGGAAACAUGUCUAAAAAGGGACGCAGUAAGGGUGAGAAGCCCGAGACGGAGCCGGACUCUGUGCAGACGGCCAACGAAGAGCUACGGGCCAAGCUAACCAACAUCCAGAUAGAGUUCCAGCAGGAGAAGAGCAAGGUGGGCAAGCUGCGGGAGCGCCUGCAGGAGGCCAAACUGGAGCGCGAGCAGGAGCAGCGGCGCCACACAGCCUACAUCUCGGAGCUCAAGGCCAAACUUCACGAGGAAAAAACGAAGGAGCUGCAGGCGCUGCGUGAGGCGCUCAUCCGGCAGCACGAGCAAGAGGCAGCUCGGACAGCCAAGAUCAAGGAAGGCGAGCUGCAGCGGCUGCAGGCCACCCUGAACGUGCUGCGCGAUGGCGCCGCAGACAAAGUCAAGACCGCACUGCUGGCCGAGGCGCGCGAGGAGGCGCGCAGGACCUUUGAUGGCGAGCGCCAGCGGCUGCAACAGGAGAUCCUGGAGCUGAAGGCGGCUCGCAAACAGGCGGAGGAGGCACUUAGCAACUGCAUGCAAGCCGACAAGGCCAAGGCCGCUGACCUGCGCGCUGCCUACCAGGCACACCAGGAUGAGGUGCACCGCAUCAAGCGGGAGUGUGAACGUGACAUCCGCAGACUGAUGGACGAGAUCAAAGGGAAGGAGCGGGUGAUCCUGGCCCUGGAGAAGGAGCUUGGCGUACAGGCCGGGCAGACCCAGAGGCUGCUACUUCAGAAGGAGGCUCUGGAUGAGCAGCUGGUCCAGGUCAAGGAGGCUGAGCGUCACCACAGUAGCCCAAAGCGGGAGCUCCCUCCUGGCAUUGGAGACAUGGCGGAGCUCAUGGGUGGGCAGGAUCAACAUAUGGAUGAGCGAGAUGUGAGGCGAUUUCAACUAAAAAUUGCUGAACUGAAUUCAGUGAUUCGGAAGCUGGAAGACAGAAACACCCUGCUGGCAGAUGAGCGGAAUGAACUGCUGAAGCGCUCUCGGGAGACAGAGGUGCAGCUGAAGCCGCUGGUGGAGAAGAACAAGCGAAUGAACAAGAAGAACGAGGACCUGCUGCACAGCAUCCAGAGGAUGGAGGAGAAACUCAAGAGCCUUACAAGGGAGAACGUGGAGAUGAAAGAAAAGCUGUCUGCCCAGGCCUCACUAAAGCGACACACAUCCCUGAAUGACCUCAGUCUGACCAGGGAUGAGCAGGAGAUUGAGUUCCUGAGGCUGCAGGUGCUGGAGCAGCAGCAUGUCAUCGAUGACCUCUCACUGGAAAGAGAACGCCUGCUGCGCUCCAAGAGGCAUCGAGGGAAGAGCCUGAAGCCCCCCAAGAAGCAUGUUGUGGAGACAUUUUUUGGAUUUGACGAGGAGUCCGUGGACUCAGAAACGCUGUCCGAGACAUCCUACAACACUGACAGAACGGACCGAACCCCAGCCACGCCUGAGGAGGACUUAGAUGAGACCACAACCAGAGAAGAGGCUGACCUGAGGUUCUGCCAGCUGACCAGGGAGUACCAGGCCCUGCAGAGGGCUUACGCCCUGCUUCAGGAGCAAGUGGGGGGGACGCUGGAUGCUGAGAGGGAGGCCCGGACUCGGGAGCAGCUUCAGGCUGACCUGCUGAGGUGCCAAGCCAAAAUCGAGGACUUGGAGAAGCUGCUGGUUGAGAAGGGACAGGACUCUGCCUGGGUAGAGGAGAAGCAGGUACUCAUGAGGACAAACCAGGACCUGCUGGAGAAGAUUUACAGGCUGGAGAUGGAGGAGAACCAGCUAAAGAGUGAAAUACAAGACGCCAAGGACCAGAACGAGCUGUUAGAAUUCCGAGUGCUAGAGCUCGAAGAGAGAGAGCGGAGGUCGCCAGCCUUUAACCUCCAAAUCACCACCUUCCCCGAGAACAACAGCAGCGCACUCCAGCUGUUCUGUCACCAGGAAGGAGUAAAGGGUGUGAAUAUCUCUGAACUUAUGAAGAACUUAGAUAUCCUUGGCGAUAACGGGAAUUUGAGGAAUGAAGAGCAGGUUGCAGUAAUCCAAGCGGGAACUGUGCUUGCCCUGUGUGAAAAGUGGCUGAAGCAGAUAGAGGGAACAGAGGCAGCCCUCACCCAGAAGAUGAUGGACUUGGAGAAGGAGAAGGACUUGUUCAGCAGGCAGAAGGGCUACCUGGAGCAGGAGCUGGACUACAGGAAGGAAGCCCUCGACCAGGCCUACCUGGUAGGACCAGAAAAAAUCCAGGACCUGGAGGCCACCUUGUACAAUGCGCUGCAGCAGGAGCCCGGGAGAAGAGCCAGCGAGGCACUGAGUGCCAGCCAGCGCGAGGACCUGCAGGCAGCUGUAGAGAAGGUGCGCAGACAGCUCCUGCGUCAGAGCCGGGAGUUCGACAGCCAGAUCCUGCGGGAGCGAAUGGAGCUGCUCCAGCAGGCCCAGCAGAAAAUCCGGGAGAUGGAGGGCAAGUUGGAACUGCAGAGGCGCCAGCUGAAAGAGCUGGAGGAAAAGCAUUCAUUCUGUGGCCUUGAUGACUCCCAUGCGCCGAGAACUCGGGCUAGACAAAGAGCUUUCGGAAUCACCUGAGUCCCCGUGGUGCCCCAUCCUCACUCAGACCAAAAUCCAACAGUGCAACAAGUUAUUCGAAGUCAGGAGCCUGAACCCAGAACUUAAGCACAUUUGACAGUCACUUAAAGGGGAGGCCGGGGGACCUGGCCAACCUCUGCUGGAACUCUGUGGGACAAUGGGGAAGCCUCCCCAGUGUCUCCACUGUGGCAUCUUCGGGAGCCAAGGACAAAGGAUCUGGAUGGCAAGAAUCUAAGUGCAAUUAGCGGAAACCCAGGGCAUGAGAGCUGCUGCCUCAGGGGAUAGGUGCAGGCCUGUCCUCGUGCUGUGUGCCUCCCUGAAGGCGCUAUAUGUGCCUAGAUGGAUACAGACACCCCCUCUGCCCU